UAAACGUUCGCACGUACCGAGCAUAAAUUCCAAGUGAAAUAAAAGAGCCAAAAAAAUACAAAAAAAAAAAUAACCGAAACGAAACGAGGACAUCCCCAUUUAUACCACCAAUUCAAAAAAGAAAGGUUGAAAGUGGUUCGCAAAAUGGUGAAAAUCGUGAACCAACACUGUGAUCUAGGCCUGGCCCUCCUCCUGGCCUGGACGUGGCUAACAAGGCUGGUGGUGGCGGCCCAUCUGGUCGUCAUCCCCACCUCAUCACGCCUGGCCGCCGAACGGGAGGAGCUGCAGUUGUCCCGGCAGGACGUGGGACGGCUCAGCUACCAAAGUAUCCAUCGCAUGUUGAGGGACGAAAACGAACCUGCCAGCUUUCGGGGGGAAUUGCGAUACCAACAGAAACGCCACAAAAGGGAGCUGGAGCUGAAUGCGCCGGCCAACAAGCUUAAUCUCACCCACCGCGACUUAAGGACAUUCAAUAGCACUGGCGGUCAGUGGAAGGGGGACUUUCAAGUGAUCACCGCCAUGGAUCUGAGCAGCAAUCAACUGGAGAGCCUCAGCUUGGACAACUUCAAUCAACUGAGGCAGCUGGACUUGGGUAACAACUCCCUGGAGGUUAUACCCUUAAGUUUGGCAGACACCAAUAUGUCACUACCCUUUGUGACGCUCGAUCUUUCCUGCAACAAAUUCAGCCAAAUUUCUACGAGCUUUUUUGCCCAGAGAUUGCCUCAGUUGAAAAAUCUGAACCUGGCUCACAAUGAAUUGCUAAACAUUUCCCGGGAAUCAUUCUACAAUUUGUUGGAACUACAAACGUUAGUUCUCAGUCACAACAACAUCUCGGAUAUUGACUACGAAACAUUUUUGGCACUACCGAAUCUGCAAUAUCUGGAUUUAUCCCAUAACCGCUUGAGUGGAUCCGCAAUUCGUGCUCUGCAGGGAAUUCCGGAUUUGGUCAGCCUUUCCAUCGCUUACAAUCCAGAUGUGGGAGUGGCGAUGCAGGAGUUCGUCGCUUCCUGGAGCCUCAAAGAGUUGGAUGCCAGUGGCACUGGAUUGUGCCAGGUGCCUGCAGCUCUAGCCCAAUCUGUGAGGACUCUCAAGUUGUCCGACAACUGGCUCAAGGCAAUUAAUUGCGGUGACAUGGACAGCUAUCCGCUCCUGCAGUACCUUGAUCUCUCGCACUCCCGCAUUGCCCAAGUGGAGGACGAUGCUCUGGGACGAUUGGAGCUCCUCGAAUCACUUUUCCUCGACCACAAUCUUCUGAUGCGAGUGCCCAGCAGUCUGCCACCAUCGCUGGAACACUUAUUUCUGCAGCACAAUCAGAUAAUGGAACUUCCGCCACAGGCUUUUGUGGGAUUGGUCAAUCUACAGACUCUGGACUUAUCUAACAAUCGAUUGAUCUUCCUGCCCCCGCUAUCACUGCCCAAAUUGCUCACCCUGAAUCUGCAAUCGUCAGGGGUGGAGAGUGUUAGUCAAUCGAUAGUGCACACACUGCCACAGUUAAGGGAUCUUCUACUGGAGGACAACCCCAUUAAGUGCAGCGAUUUGCUGAGCAUUGCCGAAUGGGCCAGUCCUUGCAGGUCAGUGGAUGUGGGUCAAUCGAAUGGGGCAAGUGUGAGUGGGCGCGUGGAUCUAAAAACGGAGUAUCUGCAGUUCCACAAUUUCUACGAAAACUUCAGCAGCCGUGAGUGUGGUAUAAGAAAACCGGAAAAUGACACAAAGCCGCCUUCUUGCAGCCUGACAAGGGCAGCAGCAACAUUAACAACAACACCCAGAAGUAUGUCAAAAGUUAAAAAGUCACAAGAAGCACAACCAACAGCAACAUCAGUGGAAGUAGCAGCGGCCGCAGCAGCAACAUCAGAAAAAACAGACAUACACGCAACACCAGCAGCAGCACCAUCAGCACAGUCGACUGCGGCGGCAACAACAGCAGAAAGAGAAGCGAUUGCAACAGCAACAUCAAGCGACACCACAGCAACACCAACACUCGCAGCAGCAGCAGCAAUGCAAUCAGCUGGCAACAUCCCUGCCCAGUUAACCACAAAAACGUUGCGGCCAACAGAAACAACUUCGUUAGCGCAACUGCAGCGUCGGCAACAAAUGCCUGGCAUGCCGGCCAAAACAACAGAAACGCCAGCAAAGAACCUGCCAAGUUUGGCCCAGACAAAGGCAACAACAGCGCUUCCCAUUUUGGCAACACGAGAUGCUGCUACAGCAACAACGGAAAUAAAUUCCGACAAGCCAACGAACAUUAGCGGUGCCACAAAAACAGUAGCAACAUCAGCUGCAGAAAUAGCAACACCACCAGCAAUUGAAGUGCCACAAACCAUUUUGGCCGGCAAAAAAUCUGACAAAAUGCCAGCCGAUAAGGCACACGAGACUUUAUUAAAAUACCCAACAAGGGACACAUCCGGUCAAGUUGCAACAACGCCACACAAACAUGCAACACUGCAGCUGCACGUUAAGGAUCGACAUCUAAUUGGCACACCGCUGCUGAUGCACAAGGGCGAUGUCCUUUUGGUGGAUGCCGAACAGCUGCUGCUGCCUGGUACGGCCACCGUGGCAGAUGCGGAUUCGGAAGUCCUGGACCCGAGCCAACAACAUCAGUCAGCGGAGCAGGAAAAGCACCAGUCAGCGACUGAUAAGCGACAAGCGGAUGCAAUAAACGGCGACACAAAGUCGCCGGCGAAAAGCCACAAAAAGAAACCAUCGCUGAGCAUCAAGAAGAUGACCUACAGUACCAAACACGCGGCGAAAACAGUGGAGGAUAUGGCAGCCACCUCGAAGACACCGCAACACCAACAUAGCAGUGUGAACACACCCAAAGAGGCUGCUCCCGAGGAGCUGAGCACCUUUGCGCAGCUCAAAGCCUAUGUGGAGCUAAAGAGCGAAUCGAAACCGGAACACCUAAUGGACCAGCGGGAGGAAAACCAUCAUAAUCUUACAGGAAAUCAUCCCGGAGUCAUGCUCCUUGUGGCCUGCGUUUUGUUCAUCGUCCUGCUCGCCGGUUUGGCCCACGUCUAUCGCUGUGAAUUGCCUUGGCAAAGGAGCAACCGCUCUGGUCAAUUGCGACCGCAUCAUCAAAGGCAUCUAAACGAAACCGAUGAUGCGCAUAGCUUCCUGCACUAUCAGGGAUCUGUGAACUCCAAUGGCGGAGAUCCGGCUCGCCUGCAAAAGUGGCACCACAGCACGCGGAGAGAAGCACCCUACAGCUCCCCGCUCCACAAUCUGCAAGCGCGGGAACUGCAACAGCAACGCUGCCAGCAAUUCUAUAGCUCCUCGCUAGCGGACAAGAGCUCCUCCACCUCGUCAUCCUCAUCGGGAAGCAGUCGCAGUAGCCUGCACUCGCCCAGCAGAGAUGACAGCUACUAUAUAGAGAUGGCCCCCAGUAGUCCAGCAGCAGCCAACCUGCCAAGUUUGCCCAUGGAACUCUUGGGCAGCAGGAGUAAUGCCCUCGGUUGCCGGACGGAUCGAGUGGCAGCCACCGAUCUGGGCGGUACGACAGAGGCGGUACCCUCUUCGGCGGCGGCCAUCAAGUCGGUGAGCAGCAGACUGAUGACGCCCAGUUCGCGGAGGCUGAACAUCUGGUGACAAACCGUCUUUGGUCAGCGACAAUACGCACCCUUUCAGUAGAGUAAAAAAAGUGGGAAUGAGUGGAGUUCGAACGACAAUCGCCAGCUGCCAACUUAACCAGAGGAGUCAGAAAGUCGGAGAAAAAGAGGGAAACUAUUGAAGUUCUUAAAAAUAUUUUUAAAAUUUGUAUUUCCCAGAUUAAGUUUCUAUUGCAAGGUGCUCGUGAUUUAAAACUCAAAUUUUGAAGAAAGGCAGUUCACUAGUUUAAAACUUCCAGAAGUCGUUAGGGAAACUUUAAAGUGCUUGGCAGCGCAACGUGUCCUGUCGAUUUUUUAUAGGUCGAUACUCGAAAAAAGAUAAUGGUUCAAAAUAAAACUCGAAAGAAAACCAAAAUGGGACUACGACUGCAGAGGGAAAGCAUAAAUGCCAGCAGCUUUAUAUAUUAUUUUCAGUUGGCUCCUGGCUUGAUUUAUGAUGCCUCAGUGCCCACACAUUGCAGACCUCUUAGCGACUCGGUUAGCAGCAACAAUUUGUCAUAAAUUCCUGUUACGUAUACGCCGCGUAGUCCCGGGCAACUAAGGCGGCCAAAAGAGGCGAGGGGCGUAGACAAGCGGCCAAGUCAAAUGGCCAAAGAGCCAACGCCAGCAAAGUUUUUACGAGCCAACCGAAGAAGACGAUGUCCAUCUUGUGGUCGUAUUUGGGUCAGUUUACUGGCCAGGAGCACCGUGUGCGGCCCAGUUAACUUUAUAUAAGUGCCUGUCCGCCUGCCAAGAUUAAGUGUUCCGAUAGUCAUGCAUAUAAAAAUGAAAUAUCGAUCAAGUAUUAAAUAACAAUUUAGUUUAUGACAGACCCAAUUCAGUAAUCACAAGUUGAGGCCGCGCAUGCUGAACGAAUUAAUCGAGGACUAUUGGUUGGUAGUAAAUAAAAUAUGGUAGUUGGAAUAUAAUAUCAACCAAAUUGGAAAAUUAGGUGUGACUAGCCAACAGAGCAGAGGAAAAAAUAAGACAAGGACGUACAAAGUGAAUGAAGUACCUUGCUAAACAUUGUGUUACAGAUUUUAAGUCGGUUCCAGAUAGAAAACUUAAUUUGAUGUGGUGCACCACUUUCGAAUUUUCAACAUUCAAGCCGAGUCCUUCCUGCUCUUGUUAUCCUUUGAGCGCUGCGCUUCCAUGUUCGAUACUUUGCCCGAUCUUAACCUACUUUCACAGCUGCUUCAGAUACUAGAGUUUAAAUUGCAAUCUAAUUAAAGUUUCGCCUCGGUCCCUUUCGCAACCCCCAACUACCUUUUGGAUACUAGAAGUGUUUGCUAUCUGCACAGGCAUCAAGCAUUCUUCACCCCAUUUGAAGAUGCUGGGCAAAACGGCCACAAAACACCCUCUUCCUUGCGAAUCAACCCGCACUUAACCUCAUUUUACAAAUUGACCAACACAACAUAUGGUGUAAAUCCAGCCAAAUGGCCAGACAUCUAAUCUGCCACGCCAAAAGUGAAAUGUUGUAAAACUAUUUGGGGGCUAUACGUACAUGUAUCUAGCGGACAUCAAAAUAAUGUGGCUGCAAAUCAAAUUACAAGACACGCGGCUGGCUCUUCGGGGGUGGAAAAAAUGGUUAGGGGAACGACCAAGGAAACGUCCCACAGACAUAGAACACAACAAUUACAUUAAGACACGAUAAAAAGUUGUGCAACAAUCUUGCAACCCCAACCACCAAACCAACCCAACUACGCCGAACUGAGCUGAAGAUGGUACCAUCUACUCCGAAGGGCAAACCACAGUCAUUGCACAGCUUUUUCAACUUUUUGCGGCUUUGUAAUUGGAAUACAAGAAGGAGGCGCGUGCACACAAGCGGCAGCAACAGGAAACAGUCGGAGAAAGUGAAAUACACAGUUAGAUUCCAGUUAGAAAGCACUCGGAGAAAUAAUCAAAACCUAUGACCACACGAAUACUGGGCAAAAAUGGCAUUCUAGCAGACUUUAACAUAAAAUCUUACUCAGCAAUAUUGUAAAAAUGAACUAGGUUUCUUCGACUGAAGUGAAACCUAUAUGAUAAACAAUACUAGAAAGCAAAAUUUUACACUUUCAAAAUCAUUAAAUAUCAUUUUAAAAUAUUCAAAUACCUAAGAAGUUUGCUGUUAGCUAACUUACAUGGCAUAUGUUCCUAUUUAUGUGAGAAUUUAAGAAUUCUAGCCACUUCUAUACCCAAUUUUCCCCAAGUGCAGAUAGAUACAACUUCUUUGGGAAGGGAGCGGGAUUUCAGGAAGGCGUUCAAGCAGAGUCCGCUUAAGCAAUUCAGAAGGAUUUAUUUUCGGCCACAAAAGCGAAAUGCCCGACAAAGCGCUCCGAACAACAAUUAAAGUAAUGCUGACCAACAACCCCCUGCGCCCGAUUGGGUGGGAUUAGAUGGCGGGGAGUCCUUUUCGGUCCUGUCCAGUCCAGUCGAGUGGAGAGGAGUGGCGUCCGAUGCCAGGACGCACAAAAUCUUAAUUAAGGAACUUCCAAGUGGGCAAGUGUCGAACGGCAACGGAGGAAUGAGGGGCAUUUUUUGAGAGUUUCGCAGGGCGAAGAACCUUUUUAUUUGUCGGCUUGCCAGCGCAGCACAAAAUUCGCCUACAAAAGAAACCCUACGGCAGAAUGACCCAGAGAGUCCGGUUGGAUUUAGUCCUCGAGCAUUGUCAAAUUUAAUGAAGGUUUCCCAUUUUGGACUUUGUGCUUAUGACACUGGCCAGCUGGCCAAGAUUUAGGAAGUUUCCAGUCGAGGGGCAAGCAAGUGAAAUGAGUUAAUUCGAUAUUUGACACUUUCGGAGCUCGCAUUCCACACAAUCUCGGUAUGUGUGAUGGGUUCCAGGGUUGCAGGCAGCCAGAGACCCCCGGAUUUUUGUCUCCUGCGCAGUUAAUAAAGUUGGUCCGGACCAGGACGUAAUUAUUUGCCUGCUAAAUGGCUUUUGGACGACAUUUCGGGGCCGUAAAUGGGGGCGAUUUAGAAAAUUAUGUGAAAAUAAGUUGCCUUUUGUUUGCCCAUUGGCCGUUGGCAGUUAGCAGUUGGCGGUUGGCGGUUGUUCGGGAUCGUAAAUAACGUUCAUAAUUGGGCAGACUCGAAAAGUUGUGGGGCAAAGGCAAACAGAACUCGAAAUAAACAUCUCGGCCGUAUGGAUAGCAAACAAUAAUUAAACUUAAUUGCGCUGUACAUUGAAACGUCAAACUGUAAAUUAUAGUUAUUAACAUUUACUUGUAGUGGAGUUUACUUGAACUAACAUUUCAAUUCCGAAUAUUGCAUGUACAAUUUCCAUAGAAUAUGUAUUUAAAACUUAUCACAACAAAGUGGAUUAAAAGUAAAACGGAACAAAGCGACAGCCAGGAAAAUACAAUUCGAGUAACGUUAAUAUUUGCAUUUAAUUUGUCGAAAAUCAAAGUAAAAUGCGAUAAAAACCCACAAUAAAAACAAAAACUAAUUGCCAAAUAUUUGACGUACAGUUUGUAGCGUUAGCCAUUAAAACCUUUAUAUGUACGGUUACAUAUAGAUAUACAUAUAGAAACAAAGAAAUGCGAAAAAAGUGAAAUACAUCUAGCGCAAAGCCGAGCAAAUAAUUAUUAAACAAAUACUUCUAUUUACAAAAACACAUCAAAUAUUUAGUUAAGCCAAAAUGACGCGCAGCAUUUUAAUUAAACAACAGAAAAUCGAGAGCUCUCAGAAACAGAUGCAAAAUGCAAAACAUCCAAUAAGUAAAGGUAAACAAUAGUUGCAGCAUAAUUUCCGUGUGUAUUUGUAAAUAGACAACUAAAACCAAAUAUGGAAAUAUUGAAAAAAAAUAUUGGAACAAACCAGCAAAUCAACAAAGAGUAUUCGAUAAAGAAAAUAUUUGCUGGAGGGCAGUUCCAAUUAUACAUACAUAUAAAUAUAAAAUUAAUGUUAGAUUUAAUGUUGCCAAAAUCGGAGCAACAAGAGUUGAUAACAAAAACUAAGGACAUG